AUGGCGUCGUCAGGAGGCCACCUCUUGGCCCAGAAGGCCAUGAGGUUGGCGCGAUAUGCCGCCGAGAAGACGGGCAAAUUCAUCCGCGACAAGAUUCCGCAGGCAGCCAAACCUCUCGAGGCCGACGCCCAGCCAGCCUACGUCCGCGUCUCUCAGCGUCAACCCAAGAACCGACUUGAUCAAAUCCGCCAAUCUCAGGGUCGCCUUUACAGCACGAAGGUCCAUGCCGCCGAUACCAUCAGACACUACUCGUCCCAAGUUGGCCCCAAAUCCCGCCAGACUCGGGCGUCUUAUCCCUCUUCACAAACCGGCUCGCGCGUCAAUCAGUCGAGCGGCCGUGCCCCCUUUGCAUCCACUCUACGUCCCAGUCUCACUGGUGGGACCUUGGCACGUCAUGCCGGUGGAUACGGCCUAGGAGGUGGUCGAGUUGGCGGGGCCAGAUAUUUCUCACAUACGCCUGCUGCCCCCGCACAGGUGGUCAACAACGUGUCACAAGCCGUACGAGCCUUCUGGCUAUCUGGUCAGAAGGCCCGUUUUGAUGGUUCAGACCCUCGCACUGGAGAGAAGAGAUUCCGAGCGGUGUCCAGCCUGCAAGAGGAGGCCAGACACACAAUGGAUAUGGCCGCCAGGGCUGGGCCUGGUUCAUUCAUCGACUUCAAAGUCUCUCCCACGAUCACGGCCAUUGGUCCCCUGGCCAGCGUCCCUCGCUCCCCGCCUGCCUCUUCGUGCGACUCCGAGAUUCAACAAGAUACCUUGAACAACAGCACCCUCAUGUCCAACCUGGCCGUUGACUUUGCGCGAGCAUUGAAAGACCUUGCCGCCAUCAUGAAUGACCUCAAACAUCUAUCCACGCUCGGCGACCUUCCCAUCUCGUUGCAUGACAGCGCGACUCUUCGCGUCUGCUUCCCCGGAUGCGACGCAGAUACGGUGGAAGGUCUCUGCCGCGAACUGAACGUCAAGCGUGGUAUAGUCGGUCAAGACGAGGACUUUGACACCCGCAAUGGCACCGAGAUGGCUUUGCUCUUCCCGUUCGCCCCAAGCAAGACUGUCAGCGAGGCGGAUCUCGAAAUGUACGAGAGGGCAACCAAGCGGGUCAAGAAGGACCGGGUCGAGUGGCAUGAGAUGCUGACGCCGCCUCGGCAUGCAUCCGCGGGGUUUUCACAUCUCUCGGCAACGAGCCAGUCCUUUGACGUGUUAGAACUGGCUGAUCCAGCUUUGGACAAGAAUCCCUGGAUUUCGUCCUCGCCGUCAGGAUACUCGUCCCUGCACGAGAGUGAGUUGCUGGAGACGGACCACCCUGUCACGUACUUCUUCCAGCCAGUACGAGAGGGGUAUACCGAGCCCGCGGCUGCGGACGGCGGUGGAUAUGAAGGACUACAAGGUAUUUACAGGUUCAUUGAGCAGUGUGAUCGGGCUAGGUCCUGA